GGGCCGGGCACCCUCUCCUCUGCCACUCGUCCCUGGUCACAUCACACGCACUCCAGGAGGAUGCCGUCCAUGUCCGUGUUCUGUAAAGGAGCCGUCAUGAUCAGCAGGACAUUAAUGGGUCCGUACGGAAUGGACCGAACCGUCUACUGCAUGGAAUUCAAUGACUGCCUCAAUGGACUGGGAAUUAAGGUAAUUGGUGGAUUACGGGAGUUCAGCACAGAAGAAUAUGGGGUUUACGUGAAAAGAAUCCUUCCUGGUGGAUUUGCCUAUUCAGAUGGUCGACUACAGCCUGGAGACCAGAUCCUAGAGGUAAACGGAGAAAGUCUGCUGGGAGUCUCCAAUGACAGAGCUGUGGACGUUUUAAGGAUGGCAUCUGCUAGCGGCUACAUGAGACUCCUCAUUGCCCGGGAUGACGAGGCCAGGAAGGAAUUCUCAGAACUGCUGGAGAAAUGCAGUUCUCAUAGUGACAAUGGAUCCUCCCGGAGUUCCCCUAUAAUGCACAGCAGCAGGUACCUGGAAAGCACGUCUUCAGAGUCCUCCUCACGUUCCCAGAGUCCUUCGCUUCUUAGUCCCGCCAGCUCCCAUAGCCAAUUUGGUGGGAGCAGUGUAGUGUCUUCAUACUCUACAGCAAGUGACUUGGGAGUCCAGAAUAUCUCCAUAGUGAAGUCUACAGGAUUAGGGCUUAUGAUAGGUGGUGGCUCCAAUCGGCAGGAAGGGCCCAUGGUCUAUGUGGAGGAGGUGCUGCCCGAAGGAGACAGCUUCCGGGACGGACGGCUACGAUCAGGAGACCAGCUUCUGUCCGUCAACAAGGACUCACUGAUUGGAAUCACCAACGAAGAAGCCAAACGGAUUCUGGCCAGGGCCCGGUUCAGACAGGACAGCUGCACGAACGUGUCCUUCAUACCAAACACCAGCCGAAUUUCCAGCGUCUCCGGAUCCUCUAGUCCUUCCUCGUUGCAGCACAGGAUUAUGGGAAAUGGACUGCCCCCUUGCAGACUUAAGGUCCAUGUCCGGUCUCCAGAGUGCCGACUUGAAAACAACGUGCCUUCUCCAUCCCCCGAUAUCUGCCCCCCUGAACUUACCAUAUCGGCUCCAGUGUCUCCGCCAAAUCACAGGACCUCUGCAGGAAGCAAGCAUAAAGUCUCCUUAGAUCCCCAUGUCCGCAUCAAAGAGGAAAAGCUGGAUUUGAUUCCGCAGUUCCUUGGGAUAGAAGUGUCAGAGGAGAAGAUGAAGGAGCUCCACCAGAGUCUGAUUACAGACUGUCAGGGAACAGUGGCAUAUGGAGAUUUUCUGCAGGCCCUCCGUGACUGUUUACAGGAUGAGUUAGAAGAUGCUGGCCUGGACUCCAGCUCUAUACUCUUCACACAUUACGAAGCGGCCAGUCUGCUGGACACCUGCGCGUUUCAUUCUCCGGUCACCAAGGAGUUGGAUGUUCCAAGGUUCUACGAUAGCUUAGAUCUGGAGAAACUGCAGGACGAUGUGACUGAGCUGAAGCAGGAGGUGCGGCGGCUGAAGGUUUUACUUCGCGAGGCGGAAAUGAGUAGAAACGAAGCAGAAGAAGAACUUCAGAAGAUAAACCAGAAAGUGGUGGGACUUCUGUCCGAGAACCGAUUUCUUCAGAAUAAGCUGCAAGUAACAGAGCUGUCACAGCGCCAAUCACACAGUGCAGAGCACGAUUAUGAGGAGGUCAUUCACCUUCUGGAGGCUGAGAUCUCUGAACUCAAGAGCCAAAUGUCAGGAAAGAAGAAGCUGAUGGCCAUAGAGGUCCAAGAGGGAAUGGAUCUGAACAGACGACUGUCACUAUCUGAUUGUCAACUGCGGAAAUCUGAGGUGACCCGCAAACAUCUAGAAGUGUCCAACAAGAAACUACUGAACUUUGUACAGAAAAUCCAUAAAAUAUUAUCAACUUCCCUUCAGCUCGAUGCCGAGAAAAGAACUGAAGAUGUAGAGGAUGGUCCUAACGAGAGUCCUCUGAACGUGUGCCUGCCCUCUGCUCAAAUGCUGGUUACAGAAGUGACUGAUAUCUUAGAGUCGUGUACAGCCUGUCCCUUCUCCUGUGGUGAUUUUCACAAGUACAGGCGAACAUCAUACCAACCGGGACCCUCAGGCCGAAAAGACAGCUGGUCCUCCCCACCGUCCCCGCUAUCCACACACAACCUCAGCCGUAGUGAAGACGUUCUAUACGCAGCCAAAGGGGCCAAGGACAAACCAAAAUAAACCAAAAACACUAGCUAUACCGGACCGGCUCCAAAUGCCCUGCCAAUGACAGAUGUCUUCCAAGAUGAUGGAGGUGGACAUGAACCUUGGCCAAAUGUGACCACGCCUUCUCUCAGAGCAGAUGAAAUAAUGGCUGCAUCCCCAUAAAACCAAAGAAAUCUCUAUGAAAGCUGAAGGACAACCUAUAUGGUCACCAGAGAAGUUGUUACCCAGCUUUCCUGGUCAUGACUCAAAGACUGGGGACUAUGAUUUUAGGGGAAGCGGUCUUAUCACUGGAGGAAUGAUUAGGACAGACACAUAUACAGUUCACUAUCACCCUCAUCAUUUCUUAACCCAUCCUAUGCUACUUUCUGAUCACAGGAAGAUGUAGUGACUGCACCAGGAGCCAGAUACCGUUACUCACUAGUGAUCACCAUAGUGCAACACCUUCAGUCACAUGACUCUUCCAUCAUGCCAGACCUCAUUUUAAUGGUACAGUACACCUAUCACCUCCAUCAUCCAAAACCCACCAUAUCAGCACUUCAUUCACCUCCACACGAGGAACAACUGAAGGGAAUCUCUUGUCUUCUGUCUAUAUUUUACUUUGCACAAACUCCAAUUCCUUGUAAAUAAACGAUGAUGUAUAUCCA